AGUACAUUCAUAAUAUACAUCUCACAAAAUGAAAGUGAUAGCAGAUUUACACCUAUAGUUAUUAACAUUCAAGAAGUAGUUGAUUCUGAUUCGAUGUCAAGUACGAUUCUUUUUUCUACGCUUGCUUUUAAAAAAAAUAAGAUUCUUCCGACAGUUUUGAUCAUUCCUUCCAAGCCGAUCAAUAAAGAAGAAUUAAAUAUUAGUGAAGACUCAUUUUUGAUACCACUUAAAUCUACGUUUUGGGCGUACAAGUGUUUUUUGUUCUCUCCUUCUGGUAUCAGUAGCGCAGAUGACAGACCCAUACCUACAACGUUAAUUGCACUAUGUCAAUUUAUCUUAAGCCCCAAUAAAACGUUUUCUUUAUAUGAGGCUCAAUCUCAUAGUAUUUGUUUUAUUUGCGAAGCAAAGAGUUAUGAUGAAGAAGAGUAG